CGCUGAGUGCGUUUUCAACAGUUGUUGGCGUCGGUUGUCCCGUCACCGUUUCGCCAGAGAACUUUUUCCUUCAGUGUUUUGUGCCGUGAAUUAUACGAAAAAGGAAGGCCCGAAAUUACGCGUCCCCCCCUCGAAAACCUGAAAUGCCCAAUAAAUUGUUCUUAAUUAUCUAAUGUGCAAGAAAUAUAGCGUAAAGUGCAUACGAAAAAAGAAAUUUGCGUCUAAUAUUUGUGUGUUGAAAUCAAGAGAUGCAAAUAAAUAACUAAAACGAAAAACGUGAUAGUGUAAUACAUAGAAACAUACAUAUUAACAUGUAUGUGUGUGUAUGAGUGUGUGCAAGCAAAGCAAUAGUUGAAGAAAGGCAGACACAUAAACAUAAGGAGAACGCGCCUGCCAAUUGAACGUAGUGCAACGAACCCGAGUCCGAACCCGAACCCUUCGCUCGAGACGGGGGUUGUGUACGCGCUUCAGCCCAGCCAACCCCCUGCCCACUCAGCUGACCGACUGACUCAUCCAUCAUCAUCCUCCUCAGCAUUCAGGGCAGAGAAACUGGCGCUGCGGCAGCGGUCGCUCGUGGUGCGUAGCCAAGAAUAAAUAAAAAGCAAAAACAAAUCGUGAAAAACAACAACAAAACAACUGCCUAAAAGCCUAGCUUUGCAGCUUAAUCGACGGCACGUAACGUAACGUAACGUAACGCAACGCAACACAACGUGCUGUAUUCUAUCGUACUGCUAUAUCGUAUCGUAUCCACAUGCGCAUCAAUUCCGCCUUAGCUUACGGCACAGACACACACACACUCAGAGACACACUGAAAAUAAAGGAGCAGCAAAUUUAUUGAUUUUGCUUUCUACAUUCAUCUUAUCGCAACCAUUAAGAAUUGCAGGCGCAAAGUAAACAGAGCAAAAACAAUUGGAUCUGCGUGUAAAUUACGAACGAAAAAAGUCAAUCUCAAAUGAAUUUCACAAGCCAAGCGAACUGUGUUUGCCAGCAUAAACAGUCGAAGGAAAAGCAGCAGGUGCAGCAGCAUCAUCCACCCACGCUCAUCAAGAGCCACACUUGCGCCUAUCAGCUGCAGGAUUUAGCUGGCUAUAAUCGCGCCCUAAUGCCGCCGCUGGACAACACCGACUUCAGCUGCGCCUGGCGCUAUGUCAACAACAACAGCAGCAACGCGCUCUGCAAUUACCAUCAGCAACUGCAGCAGCAGCAGCAGCAGCAACAGCCCGCACAUAAUUGGGCCAAAGCCAAGCAGCGUCUGUAUCAUCACAACACCUGUCCGCGCCAAAAGAAAUCAGCAACACCCACACAUACGCCCACAGCCACGCCCACAUCGACAUUAUGCCGACAGCAGCAGCAACAGCAGCGACGUUCACGCUCCACAUCCUCCUCAGCUGGCAAGCAGCGACGGAACAGCUCCUAUCAUUCCUACGAUGAUCUGGACAGCUCAUCGAAUGCGGUGGCCAAUGCGGAACGCAAAGUCGUCGCCAGCCUCAAGUAUCUGUGCGCCUGCACAGGCGCCACACUGCGCAACCUGUCGAAGAAGACGAAAGAUUUACAUGCCAAAAACUAUACCUACACCAAGCCCACGUGGCGCCUGUGGGGCGAGGAGCACGAGAAGAAUGCAAUUUUCACAGUCUACCUGAAGAAGGUGCGCUAUCAUCGACCAACGCCCACGGCAAGCAAUCAAGACUCGGAUGAUGAAAUUUCCCAUCUGGAGUGGGAGACGGUGCGUGUGCGCUUUGUGAAGGCAGCCACAUUGGCGCGCCUUGUGGAGGCGUUGGCCACCGAUGAUGGUGAAUUGGAGUCGACGUUUAUCAAUGUCUUCCUGUCCACGUAUCGCACCUUCUCGACGCCCAAGCAGGUGCUCAGCCUGCUGACGCAGCGCUACGAUGCGCUGCACGAGAAGCAUAUGGAGGAGCUGGAGCUGGCGCAACAGAAUGGCAGCACAGAGGAUGACUCACCGGCCUCCAUACAUGAGCAGCACAAGAAAACUCUAGUCUCGGCGCUGCAUGUGUGGCUGGACGGGUUUCCCGAGGACUGGCACGAGGACAACUUGCAGCAGAUUCUCGAAUUUGCCAGCAAACGUCUCAAGCGCUCCGAUUUGCAUAUCAAAGUGUUGAAUCGCUUGGAGCGUUUGCUCAGGCAGCAGGUUUAUGGAGGUGGAGGCGGUGGCGGCGGUGGUGGUGGAGGCAGAGGCGGAGGAGGAGGUGGUGGCAAUCAUGGGGAUAUCACUGGCCUGCCUUGGCUGACGACUCCGUCGGCGGGGCAGACGCAGUUCAUGAUGCAGACGCCGUACGGCUCCACCUACGAUCUGAGCGAGCAAUUUGGUCACCUUUACAUCUACCGCGGACCCACGCACUUUAUGCAGGCCUUUCGUUUUCCCGACGUGCCCGUUCGUCACUUUGCCGAGCAGCUCACCCGCAUGGACUCUGAGCUCUUCAAGCGUCUGAUACCGCAUCAGUGCCUGGGCCAUACGUGGGCGAGGCGGGACAGUGGCGGCUCUGAGACGGUGGUUGCCACCAUCAACCAGUUCAAUGCGGUGCUCUUUCGCGUUGUCUCCAGCAUACUCAUCGAUCGGCUGAAGCCACAGGAUCGCGCCUUGAACAUCUCACGCUGGAUUGAUAUAGCGCAGGAGCUGCGCAUGCUCAAAAACUUUAGCUCCCUGAAGGCCAUUAUUUCCGGACUCAAUUCCAAUUCCAUAUACAGACUGUCCAAAGUCUGGGAGUUUUUGCCCAAAGAGCGCAUGGAAAUCUUUACGGAACUCGCACGCAUUUGCUCGGAGGACAACAAUGCCUGGACUCUGCGUGAGGUGUUGAAGCGCGAGGGCACUGCCAAGAAUCCCGAUCCGGCUGGCGACCAAACGGAUCGCCAUCUGCAGAAGCUCAUACAAAAUCUGGGCACACAGACGUCGCACGGCACGAUACCGUAUCUGGGCACAUUUCUUACGGAUCUGACGAUGAUACACACAGCGAAUCCGGACUACCUGACCGAAGACAAGCUGAUCAACUUUGAUAAGAAGCGCAAGGAGUUCGAGGUGCUGGCGCAGAUCAAGCUGCUGCAGGGCGCGGCCAACACCUACAAUCUGCAGGAGGAUCCGCUCUUCGAUCAUUGGUUCGGCUCGAUGCCCUUGCUGGACGAGCGACAGGCGUUUGCGCUGAGCUGCCAGCUGGAGCCACCGCCGCCGGCGCCGCGCAAAUCGGUGGCCAGCACAAAUACAUCGCUAACGAAUACGACGGCCUCGUCGACGGCCUCGAUUAUGGGCAGCGCCGGGCAUGGCCAUCGCAAGACUGACUCCAUACACUCCAAUUCGAGCAGCGGAGCUGGCUCGCAGUUCUACUGUGAGCUGAACAGCAGCACGAGCUCCAGGCACAAUUCGCUGGAUAGGGAUGCACAUCACGCAUCGCUGAUGUCCGCCUCGAGCAGCACCUCCAAUCUAUCGAUGGACUCGAGCAAUUCAGGAGGUCGACAAUCGGCGCACAGCAAGUUGACCCACUCCCAGUCGCUGGGCAAUGGACUGAAGAAUGCGGCGCUGAUCAAUGGGACGACCAACGGUGGCUCGCCGCACAAUCACAUCAAUGCACAGCUGGUGCAGCCAGCUGGCGUGAGCACCCAGUCCGCUCCCGAUUUCUACAUCAUUCGCGUGACCUACGAGACGGACAACAUUGAGCUGGACGGCAUUGUGCUGUACAAGAGCAUAAUGCUGGGCAACAAUGAGAGGACGCCGCAGGUCAUUCGGAAUGCGAUGCUCAAGCUCGGCUUGGAGGAUGAUCCCGAUCGCUAUACGCUCGCCCAGGUGCUGCCCGACAAGGAGCUGGUUAUGCCAAAGACAGCGAAUGUCUACUAUGCCGUGAAUACCAAUUAUAAUCUUAAUUUCAUACUGCGACCGCGCAAGGACGAGGCUGGCAACGGGGGCAGCUAGUCCACACUGGUGCCCCUGUCCCAGUUGUGGUGCUUGGGAUAUGAGGGCGAGGAGUAGAGUAGAGUAUAUCAACCGAUUCCCGCUUGUAUAUAGUAUAUAGAAACACGAUGCGCACACAUGACAAAACUAA